UUUCUUCGGUGAAAGACAAGAUGAAGAUACUUGUCAAAACUCUGAAGGGGGCUCGCUUCGAGAUCCAAGUCAACCUCGAGGAUUCGGUUGGUGAUGUGAAGAAGAACAUAGAGACCGUGAUGGGAGUUACUGCAUAUCCUGCUGCAGAACAAGUGCUUAUUCACAAAGGGAAAGUGCUUAAAGAUGAAACAACGGUAGAGGCUAACAACGUUUCCGAGAAAAGCGUUAUUGGCGUUAUAAAGAAAAAACCUGCAUCUACUGGAACGUCUACUGCAUCUGCUAGCCUUACUGCUCUGGUUCAUGCAGCGCAUCCUUCUUCAACUGCAACUGAGACUCCUGUAACUCCUACUGAACCUGCUUGGGAUGCUGCAUCAAAUGGGAACUAUGAAAGUAUUUCAGAGAGUAACAUUCAGCAGAUUCUUGAGAUGGUCCGUGGAGCCUGGAGCCGUGAAGCGGUUGCCUAUGCACUCUGUUUGGCAUAUAAUGACCUUGAUAAAGCUUUGGAAUAUAUUUACUUUGGUAUCCCGGUGCAGAGUGAAGAUCAUUACUCAACGGAGGAGCAAACUCAAGAACCUGAAGAAACAGACCUAGAAUGGUCACUUGAUUCCUUGCGCCACACUCCAGAGUUUGAGUAUCUACGACCUCUGGUGCAAUCAGACCCUAGUCUCCUAAUGGAUUUUUUACUGAUGCUAAAGAAACAAAAUCCGCCAUUCUUUCGGUUGAUUCAAGACAACAAAGCAGACUUCUUACGCUUAUUAUUGGAGCAGCCUCAGGAACCAAAUAACGGAGGAGAUAGCGGCAACCAAGUGGGAGAGUCUGAAGAAACCAAAGUUGAGGAACUCCAAGCAGACAAAACCAACAACCCAAACAACGAAGGAGAUGGUGGCAACCAAGUUGGAGAGUCUAAAGAUACCGAAGUUGAAGUCGCCACCCCUGAGGAUUAUGAAUUGAUCGAACGGCUGGAAGCAUUGGGAUUUGAGAGAGGUGAUGCGGCGGUGGCGUACUUCGCUUGCAACAGGAACGUCCAAGUGGCUGCUAACCAUCUUCUCGGUUACAAGCACGAGUCUCGACGAGAAUAGCACCACUAAACCAAACUCUCUCUCGAUAUGAGUUUCUUUCUUGGCUUGUAGUGGUUACAUCAUCUAUUUUUCUAUCGAAAACUAAAUGUCUUCUUUUGUAACGUAGUUUCUUUUGUUCUAGUUACACAAAGUUGGGGUGAUUGAUUGAUGUGUAUACUAUA